AUAGUACAUCUCGAUAAUCGUGGAUUCGAUAUUUAUUUCUUGUUGUUACUAUAUUGUAACAAUUUCAUUGUUUAACUUGGCAUUGACGAGAGAGUUGGUUUUAGUGGAUCAAGUUUUUGGCGUUUUUUCGAGGAACUAUUUAGAUUCUUAGGAAAGGAACAAGUUAGUCGCUAUAGCUUUUCUUUUUCUUUUUCUUUUUCUUUUCCACCCAUUCUUUUCAAGGGUGUUUUUUGUGUUUGGUUUACAGAUACGAAUCAUGAAUUCCAAUGAAUUCUCCAACAUGUGGGAUAUCAACCAACACCCAAUUGGUGUUACCCCGAGACUUCAUGGGGGCAACCAGGACUAUGAAGACUUAGGAUUCAGGUUCAAAAUCCAAAGUCCCUUCUACAAUAAACGACCGAACCCUUGGGCAUUUCAAGAAUCCCCUCUAUAUCAAUGAGUUUUUCCUCCACAACCCGAGGUGGCAUCUGAGUUGGAGUUAGCCAUGGAGACCAUCAUGGAAAAUUCUGAAAGACCUUGCUACAUUCCUCAAGCAGAGUUGAAGGGCCAAUUAAAGCUUGCUAUGAAGCAAUUCGUUAUGGACGGUGAAAGAGCAUACUCCAAGGUGGCCUUCCAACCCAUUACCCUUCUCAAUCACAUUUCUCUACAUAAAACUAAGCAGACCCUCAUGAGUGUAGAGAAGCUAGGAGAGACUGUUGAGAAAGCUUGUGCACAACUAGCUCACAAUUGCCGUCUAGCCAUGACAAAAGAAGAAGAGGAGAAAGAGGCAAGAAAUAAGGACAAAGUGGAGAAAAUAGAACCUGUCACGAAGAGCUCUCAUGAUUACAAUAAGCAUUUCCUAACCAUACCCUUCCCAUCUCACGUUGAGAUUCACAUAUAUAGACACAAUAAUGGAGAAGUAAGUUGAUCUUGUUGACCAUAUUGCAUGACAACUUGCUUUCCGCAUCAUGCAGAAGAGGAUGGAACGGUGAGAGAAGAAGUUGUGAAGGAAGAAGAGAGCACAAAAGAGAAGGCUAUUGACUUUUACCAAAGGGAGGAGCUUAUUCUUAAAGAAAGAAGGAAGAUGGCAGAAGCAAUUACUGUAUAAGCAAAGAACGAGGUCAUGGUGGUUGAGGCUUGUACAAGCGCAAAAACAUAUCAAAGAUCCUCACUGAUCUUGAGGAGCUCCUUGAGAAUGACCCUUUUGCGGUCUCUCUUUCCUAAACCAAGGCCACAACACCAUUGGUCCCUCUUGGCGGAUGCAAUGUUGGGUAAUUCAUGAUGUCUUAUAUGUUUUGGGGCUAACAGAAAAAAAGGAAAAAGGGUUUUGACAGUGGAGCGUCAAGCUGAAUAAAAUCCACGAGCCCUCAUCACUUGUUACACCUACUCGGGACUUGAGACUAGGGGUGGCCAUUUGGAAACCGAACCGAAAUUAUGAAUACCGGGUCCCCGAAUUCUUCCAAACCUCAAACUGAAUUCGAACCGAAUUAUAAUUCAGUCGGUCGGUUUAAACCGAAUUAUAUUUUGGUUCGGUUUGGGUUUCACACGAAACCGAAUUUGUGAAACUACUUGUAUCUUCUCAUUUUUAAAUUAUUUUUCACCCCCCAAUAUAAACAAUAAAUAUGCAAUUAUAUGCAUCAUCAAUGAUAAUAUCAAACUUUUCAACACAUAAGUCAUAAAACAUUUCAAAUAUUUAAGUCUAAAAACCACUACAAACAUAAAAAUCCACCAUUUGGAGCUUGCAAUUAUAGUAUUUUGGUUUUUCGGUCGGAAAUUCGGUUCGCUUGAAAGAACCCUGGUUUUCGAACUAUCCAUAUUUUCCUUCCGAAUUCCGAACCGAAUAGCAUUAAUUAUGUUUCAGUUCGGUUUAAUUCGGUUUUGGUUCAGUUUUAACCAACCAGUUGCCCGCCCGUACUUGAGAUUCUAUAUCAUUGAUGAGAACCUCAAUUUCAAAGAGUUUUGGGCAGGACCGAAACUUAGAAGCAACAUGUACGGCUAAAGACAUAAAAGAAGCACUUGUUAGGAGCCAACACAACCUAUCGAUUAGCAUUUUCUUUCCCUUUGAUAUUCUUUAAGUAAUUUUGUGUCACCCUGUGUUUAAAUUCAAUAACUUGAUCAUUGUGAGCUUUUGUGUGGUGUUUUUUUUUGUCCAAGCUACUCUCUCUAGAUGGACUAUUCUUCUGUUCUGUCUGACAUUCUUCACUCAUCUAGUAACUUCGUUCCCCUUCACUAUCUCAUCUCCAUUAAGGACAAUGGCACACUGUGUGUGUUGGGGGGGGGGGGGGGAGUGUUGUGAAUGGGUGUGAAUGAAUGGUUGGAUUGAUACUUAAUGCUUGGAUCCUAGUCCACUAUCCAAAAUUUUAAUUUUGAGGGAUCCAAACACGUUUGGUUUCUUUUGCAUGAUCAUAGUGGCCAUUUUUUGAACAUGUGUUGUUAAUUAUGUGGCUUAUUGAUGUUGAUGUAUGAGCCAAAUGAUUGAGAUAGAAAGAAAAUUAUAACGAUGAUUGAGAAUUUAUAUAACUUUUUGUCUAGUGUCAGCCUUCAUUUGAUGGCAAAAAUGCAUGAAAAUUUGUUUGGUCACCAUCCCUAGUUGUUUAGUCAUAGAGAGCAAGAAUUUGAAUGAGAAACUGCACAUCUAGGUAUGCAUAUGAGAUUUGUGCUUGUUCAUUUCUUUCAUGUGUGAUAAUUUCCUCAUGGUAUGAUGGCUCAUGUUAGUCUUUGCAUGAGAUUGAAUCAUGAGACCACUAAUCACGAAGAUGUAACUUAUGUUUAGCCCACAAAGAAAUUGACUACUCAUAUCAUAAUAUCUCUUAGUCAACCCUCGUCGAGGCUUUACAUGUAUCUUUGUUAAUACCACUUCGUUUAUAGUCCAUCUUUAUUCUUUCAACCUACAUUUGUUUGAAUCCUUUUCAAGUUUUCACAUGAUUGGUUUUUACACGGUUUUCUGCUUCAUCAUAAUUUGAGUAUUGGAGGAAGUCUUUGGAAAAUGUUGUUGUUUGCUCUUUUGCUCUCAAGAAAAAAUAAAAAAUAUAUGAAACGAAAAGAGUAAGGAAAGCAACCCAAAGUUUAUAUCACAAUGGCUAAAUUGAUUGUACUAUUUGAAAGUUUCCUUCCAUACUCUUGUGCUUAAAGUUUACAAAAGUAGAGAAAAGUUGAGUUGUAUGUGGUAUGGUUUGAGAUAUGUAUAAACGUGAGUAGUAAAUGCUUUCCACCACCACAAAGACACGUUCCCUGUGACCUAGGCGCUAAUCAAGUUAGAACCCAAUAAAAAAUCCUUCGAACAAGUUACUGGUGAUUUAAUAUUGGAGAUUGGAUUGCAGUGUAAAGUGUUUAGGAGCUAACUUCAUGACAUAGAGUUGAUAGGAUUGAGAGUUAUAACAUGAACAUGCUUUGCAUAAAUUAUGGUCCUAACCCCACUAGUCGAGCUUUGAGUGAUUCAUUUACAUAUUAUAAAUCUUGGUGACGAGCUAGUUUGCUCGACUUCUUAUUUUUUGUAACUUGCUCUCUGUGUUUGGAUAGUUGGGGGUUUUGGUUGACUAAUCGUGUUUGUGUGCAGUUCUAUAAGUCAGAUGAGGAAUGUUGAUGACACUCAAUAUAUAGUGUUUAUCACUCCAAUAUUGAAUACAUUUUUUCUUUCUAUCGAUGCGUCAUUAGUAUAUUUUAAUUUAUUUCAUAUGGUAUUCAUAAAUAUUACAAUAAUGAGCUUAUGAAGUUAUGAUAGACCUUGAGUGUGUUUUUGUACCAUUCUAUGCCUUUUGGUGUUGUUUUGUGUUUUUCAAGUUUAAUAUGCACUCAAGUCGAGUACUUAUAACCAACAGAGCCAAUGGAUCAGAAUGAGUACGAGAAUACAAGAUCAUGGGCUCCAACAUAGAUGGAUUUGGACAUCCAAUGCUCACUUUAUGGCCAAAACAAAUGUAGAAGCCACCUAUAUGAGUUUAUCUUUUUUCCUUGAAUCCAUUUGCGCCAGUAACAACAAAUUAAAGGCUGAGAUAACUCUGAUUACCUUCCAGGCAUUGGCCAUAUUUCCAUAACACUAAGCAAAAUGAGGCUCGAGCCAAAGAGCUUCUUCAAGCAGUCAGUCUAUUCAAGAGGGUCUUGAUUUCUUUAAUCGAGAUUCAAGACUUGUUAAGAACUCUCUAAAUUAUGAAUAAUGAGUUAAAUGAGCUAAAUAAUCAUUAAUCAUCAAUCCGACUAGUGGCUAGGGUGAAUCAUUACCUAGGUGAGCUUCCACCUUCUAAUUAGUUAGUUUAGUCUUUUCUUUGUUUGUUAGAGUAGAUUAAUCAUUUAUAAACCUGUAAUGGCUAGAUAAUAAACUGAAGCUAAGUAAUAGUACAUCUUGAUACCCAUGGAUUUGAUAUUUAUUACUUGUUGUUACUAUAUUGUGACACUUUCAUUGUUUAACUUGGCAUUGACUUUGGUGUUGGUUUUAGCGGAUUUUUGGUCUUGUUAAACCACGACUCACUAUCUUUUAGUCCAUUGAGGACUAUGUCCAUUUUAACGUGUGGGGUGGGGAUGGUUGAUAUGUUUUACCUUGAAUAUGGUUACUAUAUGCUAUAUCUUUAGUCAAUAAAAAUUUGAAUUUUUUGAAAAAUUUCAAUGCCAAAUGGUUGUGAUAUGUGCUUAUAAGUUUGUGAAAUCACUAAAGAUAUUUUCCUUCUAAUGACUUUGGUAAUCCCCUACAAGUAUGAUCACUUCUCAUCUUACUUUGAAUCAAUGAGUCUAGUUAUCAUCACUUAAUCUAGGGAGGCUAGUGUAGUGACUAUGAAAGAUGUGAUAGUCAAUGAGAUAAAAUGAUAAUUUGAUGUGUUUGAAUGUCAUAUUUUGUGAUAUAUGCAAAUAUUUCUGAUUAUACAAAAAGAGUCUCAUGUUUCCAAAAGUUUCCAAAAGGGUGAAUUGUAUCUUUAGACAAAUGCAAAACAGAAAAACACUCAUCAAGAUAUUAUUUCAAAAUUUUGCCUUGGUAUGUUGAAAAAUAAAGUGUGGGUUAAGCCUAACAUAUGAAGCAUCUUUUCAUUGCAAUAAAAUCGGCUUUUGGAA